GAUUGUUUUAAUGACGAUUUUAUGCCCGAAGGGAAUGGGUGUGUUGGUAAUAUUGGUUGGGCUUGCUGGUGGGAGGCUUCGGCCGUGGCUAGUUACCACCCUACCGGCAAAGACGUACCGCCAAGCGAUUUAGCGUUCCGGUACGAUGCCGUGUAGAAACCGAAAGAGGUGUGGAUUUUCAUCCUCCUCCAAACAAGUUAGCCCGCUUCCAUCAUAGACUGCAUCAUCACUUACCAUCAGGUGAGAUUGUAGUCAAGGGCUAACUUGUAAAGAAUAAAAAAAUAAAAAAUAAAAAUUUAAAAAAUAUUGCAAAUAACGACAAAAAAAUGUGAUAGUUAUUAUAAUUUUUUAUUCGAUAAGUGAUAGUGGUAAAUAUUCAAAUGUAAUACACAAUUUAUACUGAAAUAUAUGUAAUUUUAUAUUUAAAUAACGUUUAAUUUGUAUAAUAAUUUCUUUCUAUUCUCUAUUAAGAGCCGUGAUAGCCCAGCGGAUAUGACCUCUGCCUCCGAUUCCAAGGUUAUUGGUUCGAAUCCGGUUCGGGGCAUGCACCUCCAACUUUUCAGUUAUGUGCAUUUUAGGAAAUUAAAUAUCACGUGUCUCAAACGGUGAAGGAAAAUAUCGCGAGGAAACCUGCAUUUUUUUUUUAUUCUUUACAAGUUAGCCCUUGACUACAAUCUCACCUGAUGGUAAGUGAUGAUGCAGUCUAAGAUGGAAGCGGGAUAACUUGUUAGGAGGAGAAUGAAAAUCCACACCCCUUUUCGGUUACUUCACGAUAUCGUACCGGAACGCUAAAUCGCUUGGCGGUACGUCUUUAUCGGUAGGGUGGUAACUAGCCACGGCCAAAGCCUCCAGCCAGCCACCAGCCAGACCUGGACCAAUUAAGAAAAUCUCAAUCGGCCCAGCCGGGGAUCGAACCCAGGACCUCCGUUUUGUAAAUCCACCGCGCAUACCACUGCGCCACGGAGGCCGUCAAAAAUUUACCAGAGAGUUUUCUUAAUUCUCUGCGUGUGUGAAGUCUGCCAAUCCGCAUUGGGCCAGCGUGGUGGACUAUUGGCCUAACCCCUCUCAUUGUGAGAGGAGACUCGUGCUCAGCAGUGAGCCGAAUAUGGAUUGAUAAUGAUAAUGAUUAUCUAUGGGUAAACCGGUAACGUAACGGACGUUAAAAAUGCGUUCAAAUAUAAUAUGGAGUUAAAUGAAGGUCUGUUUUCAACGCCUGAAAUUGUAAAUGCAGCAACACUGCUCGAAAAAAGCGUCUAAUAAACAAAAUAUAAUCGAGUAAAAAAAAUAUCCUUCCCUACCUUACAUGUAUGGAGUUGGAGGUACCCUAAAAAAAAUAUUUUUCAAGAUUCUAUUUUACGACUUUGUUCACAUUUUGAAUGUACAUACUCUUGCUACUUAACAGCUUUCUAGUAAAAACAGUCUCUGCGCUAAACCGCGGACAGACCAGUGGCGUGCAUAAGGUGUUUAAUUAGGGUAUGCACUAUAAGUAAAGAUUGGAAAAUUCCUUGUCCAACUAUGUAUUUUGUGGUCCAACAUAGGUUUGUAUUGAGUUCUUAGGGUAGGCAGUCCUUUUCCGCCACUGGGACAGACAGACGGAAAUGGCGAAACUAUAAGGGUUCCUUGUGGACUACGGGACCCUAAUAAGGCAGAACAAGGCAUUUUAUUACCGAAUUAUAAAAAAAAAACAUUAACUUCUCUAAUUAACUCAAGUGAGCAUAAUUAGUAGUUACGUACCUAUAAUUAAAUGGAUUUUAACGUUGUAGCAAAGGUUACGAGUAAUGAAUAUUAAUUGAACAUGCAGUGUACAACGUAUAAGUUUGUUCUAAUGGUGGUAUUGUGCACCAUUAUUUUUGCCAAUGCAAAAAAGAAGAAAAGUGAACAUCGUUUUAAUCGUACUAGACCUGGAGAGAUGAAGGAUAGGAUAAAGAAAGAGAAACGCCAUGAAGAGAAGAAACAUGGUGAGAUAUGGAAGCCGAUAAUGAGCGAAGCGUGGGUGAACAAGCACCGCACGCCGCACCACCCCGCGUGGAUGGACUACUGCGAGCCGUACCACUGCAACGACUACCACCGCCCCGCCUGCGGACUCAACAACAACACCAUGAGGUUCAGGUACAGUGAACGAAGCGUGGGUGAACAAGCACCGCACGCACCACCCCGCGUGGAUGGACUACUGCGAGCCGUACCACUGCAACGACUACCACCGCCCCGCCUGCGGACUCAACAACAACACCAUGAGGUUCAGGUACAGUGAACGAAGCGUGGGUGAACAAGCACCGCACGCACCACCCCGCGUGGAUGGACUACUGCGAGCCGUACCACUGCAACGACUACCACCGCCCCGCCUGCGGACUCAACAACAACACCAUGAGGUUCAGGUACAGUGAACGAAGCGUGGGUGAACAAGCACCGCACGCACCACCCCGCGUGGAUGGACUACUGCGAGCCGUACCACUGCAACGACUACCACCGCCCCGCCUGCGGACUCAACAACAACACCAUGAGGUUCAGGUACAGUGAACGAAGCGUGGGUGAACAAGCACCGCACGCCGCACCACCCCGCGUGGAUGGACUACUGCGAGCCGUACCACUGCAACGACUACCACCGCCCCGCCUGCGGACUCAACAACAACACCAUGAGGUUCAGGUACAGUGAACGAAGCGUGGGUGAACAAGCACCGCACGCACCACCCCGCGUGGAUGGACUACUGCGAGCCGUACCACUGCAACGACUACCACCGCCCCGCCUGCGGACUCAACAACAACACCAUGAGGUUCAGGUACAGUGAACGAAGCGUGGGUGACAUAAGGUUCGAUAGGUCAACUCACUAACUUUGGCGUAUGUCAGUGGACAUAGGUAUACUUACGAAAAUUACCAACUAGCUAUUGUUAGUGAUGCUAAAGUAAAGUGAUUUCGUAUUUUCUAUUUAUUUAUUGAUAACUGUGCCUAUUCACUAAGUUUGAGUUAGGUAUAUAUGUUUUUCGUACUUCAAAAACAAUUAUUAUAGAUCAAAGUUAGUGAAUAGUCCGGCUGGUAUCAUCGUCCUUACUUUAUGAUAAGCAAAUCACUGGCUUAUUCCUACUCUGGUAUGGCAAGCAGACCGCACACGACCACCCCAGUCAAGCGCCGGUGACAGACUGCUCCAUUGCCCCCACUACCAAUGUACAUUGUAGUAUUGUAGGUAUCUAUUUAGUAUACACAAACACACAUGUUCCAUAGCGAUAAAAAUGACAAUUUGUUUUUUUUUUCAGAUGGUUCCAAAGUAGUUGUCAUGUUAUAUUGAACAACUUGUGUUCAACCUACCUAGGAACUUUGA